GUAACCCUUGAAAGUGAUGGCAAAAACAGAUAACAGAAAACCAAAGAUUAUUAUUAUUAAUAAUAAAAUUAAAAGAAGACGUCUUAAUAGUCAAAUUGAAGACAACAUAACUGACCAAACGUUUAGUCCGUUUUUUCCGACGGUUACCGAUGUUGUUGUUCCCGUUGUCGGCCAGCGAUUGUUGGCAAAGUUUUUUGCUAAUAAAUCGUGUAUUGAAUUAUCGAAAACACUUUUGGGACAAAUUCUGUGCCGAAAACUAUCACCCGAUGGACCCAUUCUUAGAGGACGUAUUGUCGAGACGGAGGCCUAUUUGGGCAGUGAAGACAAAGCCUGUCAUUCAUAUGGUGGCCGUCGGACGGCCCGUAAUGAACCAAUGUUUAUGAAUGCGGGAACUAUUUAUGUAUACUUUACUUAUGGUAUGUAUUAUUGUUUCAAUCUUUCGGCCGAAGCCGAAGGUUCGGCUGUACUCUUGAGAGCCGUACAGCCAGUGGACGGCAGUCAACAUAUGAUUGAAUUGCGUAAUCGGUUUCUGCAACGAAAGCGCCCGGAAAUAUCGUCGUCUCCUACAGAUAGACCAAUUAAGCCGAAAAUGUUGGCCAACGGUCCGGCAAAAUUGUGUAUCGCGUUUGACAUCAAUAAGGAUAACCUGAAUAAAGUGGACAUUACAUCCAGUAAUGACAUUUGGAUUGAAUCCGCAAAAACUGUCGGUCAGGAAGACAUUGUUUGCCGUAAACGUAUCGGUAUUUCGGGUGACAACGAAUGGGUGGACAAAGAGCUCCGAUUUUAUAUCAAAGACUGCGAGUUUGUCAGUAAAAAGUGAUAAUAAUUAUAUAUUAAUAGUUUUUGUU